ACUGUUCAAUGAUUCAAGUGCAAAUCGUAUGGCAUUUGUUUACUUAAUUUAAAGUCGGCUAGAAAUCGACUAUAGACAUUGUCGGCAGGUGAAAAGACUCCGCCUGGAUGACCAAAAUGGAUGCAACACAACAGCAGCUGCUGCAACCCGUCGACAGGACGAAUCCUUUGGUCUACUUGGACAUAAGCAUUGGUCAGGAAAGCGCGGGACGCAUGAUAAUUGAACUGCGCAAGGAUGUUGUGCCAAAGACAGCGGAAAAUUUCCGAGCACUCUGCACGGGAGAACGUGGCAUCGGACAGCUGGGAAAACAACUGCACUACAAAGGCACCAGAUUCCAUACGAUCAAGCGGGUGUUUGCCGUGCAGGGCGGAGAUGUGGUCAAAAAUGAUGGCACCAGCGGUGAGAGCAUCUAUGGACCGCUCUUUGAGGAUGAGAACUUUACACUAACGCACAAUGAGGAAGGCGUGGUCAGCAUGGCCAACUAUGGCAAACCCAAUACCAACAAUUCACAGUUCUUCAUCACCGCCGUUGGCUGUGAGAAUCUAAAUGGCACCAAUGUGGUUGUGGGUCGUGUUCUGCGCGGUCUCGGCAUUGUGGCUGAAAUGGAACAGAAUUGCACUGACGAUGCCAAUCCCACGGUGGACAUAACCAUCAGUGACUGUGGCGAACUGACACCGGACAGGGAUUGGGGUGUGGAGUGCAGUGAUGAGACAGCAGAUAAACUGCCGCCAUAUCCACAGGAUUGGACGGGCAAGUUUACGAAGCCAACGUCCGACGCAUCGGUUAACCUGCUCACAGUCCUGCGAAAAUCGGGAAAUCACUUCUUUCAACUUGGCAGCUAUUAUGAGGCACGUGCCAAAUACCGCAAGGCGAAUCGUUAUUAUACAAUGUUCCGCAAGAACUUUGACUGGCAGCAGCUAAAAGGCAGUCCACACGACACGGAUUUAAGAAAACUGGAUGAAUUCUCAGUUGUUAACAAUAUCAAUAUGGCUGCAGUGGAAUUGAAACUGGGCAAUUAUCAGUAUGCCAAACAUGAGUGCUCCGAGGCCAUACGACUGGAUCCCAGCUGCAGCAAGGCGUUCUACAGACGUGGCCAGGCGCAACGUGCCAUGCGCAACUAUGAGGAGGCAAUUAAGGACCUGAAGCAGGCGCAUUCCCUGCUGCCCGACAACAAGCAGAUCCUCAAUGAACUGAACAGUGCCAAGUUGCUGCUGGCCGAAUACAAUAAACAGCAGCGAAAGGCGCUUAAGAAUCUGUUCAAUUAGUUAUGUCGUGAUUUUGCGCAUAUUUUUUGUACAAAUUGAAAUUUUGCUCUAUAUACUCUAGGCUGUCCAUGUUAAAUGUGGAUCGAAAUGACAAAAAAAAUACUUUACAAUUAAA